GGGGGUUUGUGUCCUGCCAAGCCGCACCCCAGAUCAUCUCUGCGUGCAAACAAUAUAACUUUCCAGAGGAAGAACUUCAUUCACCUCUUUGGCUGGUCUGGGCCCUUGCUUCUAGAGUGUUUGGGGGUGUCUGACAGUCACCCCCCACUGCCAUCUGCCAGGCUGGACUAGGGAAGGUGGAGAUAGAGGUGAACAUUUCAGUACCACCCGAGACAGCACCAACAGCCCCUCAAACUCACUUUCCAAUCUCUGGAGUGGAGCUGGAAGCUGAGCCGGUGUCCCCGGAGGGACCAUCUGUCCCGUGUCCCUGCUUCCACCCUGCCCCCCCUCCCUCCACACCCCCUUUGGAUGGAGAGAAACUGUUGGACAAUUGGAAUGAGAACACCCCCUGCUUUCCUGGGCAGAUGAAGGCACUGUCUUAUCCAGAAACCCUAGUGCUGUGACUCACCCCUUCCAAUGACUGGGCUGUUUUCCCAAGCAAGGACAUAAGGUGGGAGGUCGAGGGGUUAGGCGAACCAGCAGAGGGCAUGGAGAAUUAGGGCUGGGGCUGGGGAAGGGUGGAGACUGGCACAGGGAGGACACCCUUAAUCUCUGCAACCCCCUCCCCAUUAGAAACUUAUGUCUUGCUGACACCAGGCCAACUUAGCAGUUUGCCAGAGGCUUGCGUACCCAGCAGAAAUAUGGCUCACGGAUACCCCACAGCCCCACCAUCCCCAGAGCCUACAGAAAUUUGUCAGAUGUCCUUUUGGAUGGAAGAGGCAUCCACCAUGCCCACAGUUGGCUCAGCCAGUGUCCAGCCACCCAGAGCAGCUUUAUGUUGCAGGCUGCCCCCACCCCCACCCCCACCCCAUGGACAAUUAGACCUAAUGUGGCAUUGCCCACACCCAGACACCCACUCAUACCGGCACUCAGAGGUGCUCAAGGGCAGCACAUCCAUGCACCAGUGCAGACAAGCACCUCCCGCCUGACUCCAGGAGCGCUGCCACAAGACCCCCAGGUGUCAGUAGCCACGUUUCACACUCACAGAAACGCUCAGCCCCUCCCAUAGCGCAGUUACCAUCAGCACCCUCCCAGCCCACAGACACCACCCCCACUCGCACAGCUCGGCCUUUGCACUCUUCCUGUGGAAGGAGCUCAGGAGACAGGAGGAGGGAGGGUCACCUGCUGCCCCCUGCACUUCCCAGCAUGUCUUAAUCUGUCUCACUCUUCUCCUGGCCCCUCUUCCUUCCUGUUCCGGAAGGAGCACUUCUUGAUGGAAAGCCCCUGGCUUCUUGGUUUCCCUUUCCACCUUCAGGGAAAUACCCGCUUUCUGGGCCCACCUAUUCCCUUUCCCGGGAAGCUCCCUCAGGUCCACCAGCAGGAUCCAACCUCAAAACAGGAAACUGGGCCAGUGCCCCUUUUGGCUGAGGCGUGGGCAGGAGAGGGUGUGGGGUAAAGGUUUCCUGGAUGCCCCACCCACCCCAGUCCUCAUUAGUGCCCGCACUUAUCUCAGAGCCACAGCCAAGGACAGGCGCCCGGUCUUCUCUCCAACCUGCCAGAGCCAGGAGCCAUGGGGAACUGUCAGCCCCGGGUGGACUCCUCCGUCCUCGUUGACGAGAACUUCAGUAAGUUGGACUUUGGAAACGAGAUUUUGGAUAACAUCUCCUAUGACUAUAAUGAUUCUGGGCUGGAGUUAUCUGCCCCCUGCCACUCCUGUAACCUGCUGGAUGAGUCCUCGCUGCCCUUCUUCCUCCUGGCCAGCAUCCUGGGCAUCCUGGCUAGCGGGACCGUCCUCUUCGCACUCUUCAGGCCGCUCUUCCAUUGGCAGCACUGCGCUGACCGGCCAGUCCUGGCACAGCUGGCUGUGGGCAGCGCCCUCUUCAGCAUCGUGCUGCCCAUCCUCGCACCAGGGCUGCGUGGUGCUGACAGCGACCCCCUGUGCCACAUGGCCCUCCUAAUCUGGUAUGGUUCUGCCUUUGCCCAGGCUCUGCUGAUAGGGUGCAGGGCCUGCCUGGGCCCCAAGCUGGGUGCUGGCCGAGUCCCACGGCUCACUGUGAUGCUCACAGUGGGACUUUGGGGGGCAGCUGUACUCUUGGGGCUGCCGAUCACCCUGGCCGGUGGUAAUUCUGAGGGACUCUGUACCAUCAGCAGGGGGUGGGGGCCUUUGCAGGCCGUACACACAGCAGCCUGUUUUGCCAUCUUCAUUGUGUUGCCACUGGGUUUGUUGGGAGCCAAGGGGCUGAAGAAGGCAUUGGACAGGGGGCCGUGUCCCUGGGUUGAUGUUCUAUGGGCCUGGUUCAUUUUCUGGUGGCCUCAUGGGGUGCUUCUGGGGUUGGACUCCCUAGUGAGGUCCCGGGUCUUGUUGUUGUCUACAUGUACAGCUCAGCAGGCCUUGGACCUGCUGCUGCACCUGGCAGAAGCCCUGGCCAUUCUGCACUGUGUGGCCACCCCCCUGCUCCUGGCCCUGUCCUGCCACCAAGCCACUAGCAAUGUGCUGCCCUCCCUCCCUGUCCCAGUGGGACAGUCUUCUCAUCCCAACACCCUUGGCGGCAAGUCCUAGCCCCCUGCCCACCUGCAAAGCUGUAUUAAAGUCUAUGCUGCUUUUUU